CACUCUCUCUCCGACAAACAUUGUUCUUCUUCUAGUUGUGGUUUCAGUUCACAGCCUCUACUAGUGCUGACAUUCACCAUGGGUACAAUGCACCUCCUCUUCGUCACCCUCUCUCUCUCCAUCUUCACAACCACCACAAAUGCCCACAACAUCACAGCUCUCCUCUCCGGUUUCUCAGACUACAGUCUCUUCAACAGUUACCUCUCCCAAACAAAGCUCGACGGCGAGAUCAACAGUCGCCAAACAAUCACCGUCCUCGUCCUCAACAACGCGGCUAUGUCCGCCCUCGUAGCCAAACACCCCCUUUCCGUCAUCAAGAACGCCCUCCGCCUCCACGUCCUCCUCGACUACUACGACGCCGCCAAGCUCCACCAGAUCACCGAUGGCACCACCACCACCACCACUCUCUACCAAACCACUGGAAACGCUGCCGGAAACAUCGGCUCCGUCAACAUCACCGACUUGAAAGGCGGCAAGGUCGGCUUCGGCUCGGCGGCUCCUGGAUCGACCCUGGACUCGACUUACACGAAAGAGGUGAAGAAAGUACCGUACAACAUAUCGAUUCUAGAGAUCAGCCAGCCGAUCAUCGCGCCGGGGUUGUUGACGGCGCCGGCUCCGUCGGCUUCGGAUCUGAACAUUACGGCUUUGCUGGAGAAGGCUGGGUGCAAGACUUUCGCGGCGUUGAUUUUGAAGACCGGCGUGUUGAAGGUUUAUCAGACGGCGGCGGAUAAAGGAUUGACGGUGUUUGCGCCGUCGGAUGAGGCGUUUAAGGCCGCCAAUGUGCCGGAUCUGAGCAAGCUAUCGAACGCUGAUCUGGUUUCGCUCUUGCAAUUUCACGCUCUUUCUAGUUACGCUCCGAUCGGAACUUUGAAGACCACGAAAAAUCCUUUCACUACUCUCGCCACCAGCGCCGCCGGAAAGUUCGAUUUGACGGCGGAGACCUCCGGCGACGAGGUCACUCUCAAGACUGGGUACGACUCCUCUCGCGUCGCCACCACGGUGCUUGACUCCACGCCGCUCUGCAUUUUCACCGUCGACAGUGUGCUUCUUCCGCCGGAAUUGUUCGGAAUUUCGCCGUCGCCAGCUCCCGCGCCGGUACCUGUGACGUCGCCGACGCCGUCUCCGAACAAGGCUCCAACACCUGCCGUGGCUCCGGCGUCGGUGAUGUCUCCUCCGGCGCCGCCUAUGGAAUCACCGGUGGUAUCUCCGGCGGAGGCCCCGAUCAAGGCGGAGAACAGCACGUCGGAUAGUUCCGCCGCCGUGUACGUGGAAGCUCCGGCAUUGUUGAAAGGGAUAGUGACAGUGUCAGCCAUUGUUAUUGUCUCGGUUUUCUUGUCCUAGAUGGUAAUUUUGCACCAGGUUUGUUUAUUUAUUUAUUUAUUUUUAUUUUAUAUUUUGGGAUUUUUCAUGUUUGUUUAUUUAUUUUUGGAGUUAUAUUAUGGUAUUAUUAUGAGUUACCGUUUGGACAGGUGUUUAAUUUAAUUUUUAAUUAAUUUCAUAGGGAGUUUAAUGUUUAACUUGUUGCUCAUUCUAGCAGCAGCAGCAUGUAUGUGGUUGUGGUUUUAUCAUAUGGAUUUUGUUCUUCUAUUCAGUUACUGAUAAGUGUUGCUAUUAA